GGCAGGACGGCAGGACGGCAGGACGGCAGGACGGCAAGACGGCAAGACGGAAUGGUGAUGGGCGGCGCCCCCCUGCCGUGAUGUAUCCCAUGUAUCUUGUGGUCCCACCGCCUGCCCCGUACGGUGGGGAGGGCCCACAGGGGUCCCGCCCAUGCACUCACCAGCAGGCAUCGAUCCGAUCAGCUGUGGUUCAAGCCAAGAUCACAUCUGAGGGUGCAGAUGACGAAGCCCCCGAGAGGGCCACACGGCGGGUGAGGUAUGAUCUCAUUCUGUUUCGACACCUUUGCACAUCGCAAAGGAAGGGGGAAAUCAGGUUUUGACGGCACGGGGGACACCAUAUAGGCCACGGGCGUUCGGACAAGAAGGCUGUCAUGCGUCGAUGAGGCAGAGACACUUGGACAUGCCCAUCUCUUAAAGACAAAAGGGAAAUAAUCACUUACCAGCGGCCCUUUCUCCUUCUUCUCUGCCAUCAUAUCCAUCACACACAAAGCCCCUCCAACAAGCUAUACCCAAUCUACCCUGCCCUCACCCACCAAACCCCAGACCCGCCAGCAUGUCUUCCUCCCAGGAACGCCAGCCCCGCAAGCAAAAGAAGCAGCAGCAGGUGGUCGAGGAGUCCGAGUCCGACUCGGGCUCAGAGGAGCAGUACGAGCCCCCGAAGAGGUCAAACCGUCGCUCGCGCCAGCAGAACAACCAGAUGCAGCAGCGGAAUCAACAAGGCCCGAUGAACCAGAUGGGCCAGAUGGACCAGAUGGGCGGUGGCAUGCCUGGCGCUAUGGGCAACAUGGCCAACCAGGCCAUGCAGCAGCAACCACAAGGCGGCGGCGGCGGCGGCAAGUCAGACACGCUGCGGUUGAGGCUGGACCUGAACCUGGAUAUCGAAAUCACUCUCAAGGCCAAGAUCCACGGUGAUCUUGAGCUUGCUCUGCUGGACACAACGUAAAAAAAAAAAAAAAAGCAACGGUGCACCAUGGACGGCAGCUAAAGGCGAGAAACAGGGAGACAUAAAACCCGAACUCGACAAACCAGACAGUGUGUGUUUGUGUGUGGCGGACAGGGACUAAGACGAAGAGCACCCCCCCAAGAAAACAUGUACCAAUACUGUUGUCGUCUUUCCCUGCUUGGCUAGUCUCUGUUUUGGCCGUGCGGUGUGGUCCCGAGCGAUUGGCAUCCUAUUUCCCGCACCUUCAUGUACUGUUGUCUGCGAACAAGGCAGUGAAAGGCGACACGGAAGACUAAUGAAGCUGGGACACUAGGAACUGAGAGCGAGGGGCGCCCGCGGAGACACUGCCGUUUUCGGGGCGAUUUUACGGAUUUUUCUUGUAUUUUUUUAUUGUCAUUGCAGUCGGUGCUGGCGCAUGUUUGGGUUUGGGGACUCACCAAGAGUCAUGUCAUGAAAGGGGUAUGAGCUUGCCUAGAUUCCAACGGGGGAUGAUUACGACCUAUCGACGUUAAUCCAUUUACUGUGUAAUUUGUUCUUGCAUCUACUGUGCUGAAGAGUCGCCUCCUCCGACGGGAAUAAGAACAAAACAAAUGCGCCAUGUGUCGAUCUCCAGAGCAAGUUGCGAGUCGUGAACAGUGAUCUGCUCCCGUGUUGGAGGGUGUGCGGUUCUAGAUCUUCGCCUCAGAUGUCAUGUUGAUGGGACUGACCGUGCUCCCCGCGUCUCCGACCCAGCUCGAUGAAACCCUACGGGGGCGGGAAGGACGGUUGCUUGCAGCAUCUUUGUGAACAGAGUUUCUCCACAGCGCGGUGCGCCACACUUACCACCCCAGCUGCGCAGGCACCGCCAUGCGCCAGAGGCGAAACUGUCAGGUUUUGG